GCUUCCAUCAAUGAGGCCCCAGAACCCAUGAAACGACAUCUGUGUUGAGAUUUAAAGCAGAGUGGGGCUGAUGGUGGAGAUCAGUACAUCAGCGGGCCUUCAGCUGUCCCGCUAAGGGGCUGUCAUCCUGUGAGUGCUAAUAAGCCACACAGGUUGGGCCUACUCAGCAUCUGGAUAUGAGAGAGAUUCUUUUCUCCCGCUGGAAAAUGAGGUUGCCAAGAGUGGUGUUGGUGACUCAUUCAAAUGUGGUCUUAAUCGGAGGCAGUAUGGCGUCCGUGCCCCAACACUGCAAUGGUGGUGCCCCACUGCCUGUUGUGUAAGAUGUGAUGCCACGUUCUUGGCCAUACGUGAUCAUGUGAACCCCUGUGGAUCUAAGUAAGGGUUUUGUAUUGCUCCUCAGCACCUUCCACGCACAAUAGAGGGGCAGUACCCAAACCCCAAAGUGGUCUCCUAUGGAAUUGCUAACUCUUCUCCCUUUGCUCUGUGGGGGUGGGGGAGGGUGUCUGUUUUGGUUGGUUUGUUUGGGGUCUCUUUAGGUUUUUGGUUUUUAUUUAAUAACAAAAUGAAGCACAGCGAUGUGAACCCCAGUGUUGGGCAUAUGGGGCUGUAUGGUGAGCAUUUUAAUGGUGGCCACAGUGACAAACAAGGGGGGUGAUCUCUAUCAUCUGUUGCAGAGCACUUGCUGCACGCUAGGUGCUGUAUGGAAAGCGGAGAAACCACAGUCCCUGCGAUGAAAGGCUUACAGUCUAAACAGGCUGCACCUCAGCACUGGGUGAGAUGCAUCACAAAGCAGGGCGAGGAAAUGGGGGCAUCUGGCACGUAACCUCUUGGUUUUGUGUCUGUGCACUUGGACCCUGCCUUUGCAGCUCUGAAAUAAGUCACUUAGCCAGCCUCUUUCUGCCCCCUCCUUUGAAAAAAGGGAAACCACGGCGUGAGCCGGCCGCCUUCUAUCCGGCGGCUCUUGCAGGGCUUGGUGGCUGCAGCUGUCUGAGGAGAACUUCCUGCCAUCUGCAGGGGAAGGACCUGUCUGCACCUAUUUGUAAUGGGGUCCGUCCAGCGCUCGGCUGCUUUGCUUCUCUUCGUCCUCACAGGCCUCUGCGUUGGCCAGAGAGUAGUGCUGGUUCAGGAAGGACGUCUUUACCGGACUAGAGGUUAUCACAUCACCAUCUGGUGCAAGGUCAGUGGCUACCAGGGGCCCUCAGAGCAGAAUUUCCAGUGGUCCAUUUACCUGCCAUCUGCCCCAGAGCGGGAAGUGCAUAUUAUCAGCACCAUGGAUCCCUCCUUCCCUUAUACCAUUUACACCCAGCGUGUGCGGAGUGGCGAGAUCUACGUAGAGAGGGUACAGGGGGACUAUGCCCUGCUGCACAUCACUGAGCUCCAGGACCGGGACGCUGGCGAAUAUGAGUGCUACACACCCACCACCGACGAGAGGUACUUCGGGAGUUACAGCGCCAAGAUGAACCUCUCAGUGAUCCCUGACACCCUCUCUGCCACCAUGACACCGCAGGCCCUCACCCAAGUGGAAGGAGGUCCACUAGAGCUCACCUGUGAGGUGUCAAAAUCCACAGCUCAACACACCCACCUUUCUGUUGCCUGGUACCAUCUCCAGGGAUCAGGAGAUGGUCAGGCCAUGGUGAUCCUUUCCCUGUCCAAGGAUUUCAUCUUGACUCCGGGCUCUUCCUACACGCAGAGGUUUUUGUCAGAUGUCCGGCUGGACAAGGUUGGGGACACCACAUACAAGCUGUCUAUUGGCAGAGUGCAGCCCUCUGACCAGGGCCAAGUGUACUGUGAGGCAGUUGAAUGGAUUCAGGAUCCUGGUGGGACUUGGAAAGACAUAGCUCGGAAACAAACGGAAAAGACAUCGCUGACUAUCAGAAGCCAAGACAGAGAUUUCCAAGCUAAUAUUGCUGCUGUUGAAAGUUCCCUUGCAGAAAGGGAGCCCUUGCAGAUAAAUUGCUCUGUGAAAGCCCAGAAUAGCCAGAACCGAUGGUUCCAAGUGAUUUGGCUCUUCAAAGGAGAAGUAGUAGCCAGGAUUGACCCACAUGGGGUACUGGCCUUGAAGGAGGAGUAUGAAGAAAGAGCUGCCUUGGGACAGCUCCAAGUGGUGAAGAAAAGCAAUGAGGUGUAUAUCCUCAAAGUAUACCAGGUGGAGUUGAAAGACAAAGGCACAUACAGCUGUAAGGUUUCAGAGAUGGAGAAGGCUUCCACAGGCUUUUCCACCACCCAGUUCAAGACAUCGUCAGACAUUGAUGUCAAUGUGACGCCAAUAGAAAGUCACAUGCACGUAUCUGUGCUCAGCAGCGAAAGGCAGAUAGUGGAAGGAGACACCUUGAUCCUUCACUGUGAGGUGAGUGGAACAACAAGACCACUCUCUGUGAAUUGGUGGCACCUGCGAAAGAACAGAGAUCAACCGGAACACAUAGUUGGGAUGGAACAGGAUGGCAUGCUGAGGCCAGGCCCCUCCUACCAGGAACGCAGUGCUAAUAGGGACCUCCGACUAGAGAAGAUGAACUCCACCACGUUCACUCUGGCAAUCUACAACACUUCAGCCACCAACGAUGGAGGGUCAUACAAAUGUGAAGUGACAGAGUGGUCCAUGGACAGGAGCUGGAAACAGGCACAGGAAACAUCAGUAGCCAUUAGCCCUCUCAGUUUGGAUUUGAGAGCCACACUGAUAAGCCGAACAGCAAAUGUCACGUUUACUCAGGAUUUUGAACUGUUCUGCCAGAUCUCUGCCCCCUAUCUUACCACCCAAGUGCCAAUAUCGGUAACUUGGCAAUUCAACACCAUCCCAGAGGCUAAUGGUUAUCAACAGCUGGUCAAAAUCAUGCCCCGUGGCACCAUCGAAUGGGGGGCUGCCCAACCUCACUUUCAGAGGAAGACCAGAGUCACAAAAUCUGCAUCUUCCUCCCAACUUCUAAUCCACAGUGCCACAGAGCAGGAUGCGGGCAGGUACAGGUGUGAGGUGGAGGUCUGGAGGAGAAGCUCCCAGCAAGCACGACACCCAGCGAUGGCGGCAGCUGCUGCUGUGAAGUCUAACGUUGUGGAGAUAAAGGUCAAUCCACCAGAGAGCAAGCUAAGAGUAAACACAGAAGAUAGAUUCCUUGAGAUCUCUGGUGGCACAGACACAGAAAUCGAAUGCAGAGUCACAUCACUGACCCAGAGGGAUUCUCAGUUAGCCAUUACCUGGUACUUCCUACCGCCUUCUCCAGCUGAUGCUGCCCCACUGCAAAUCGUGAGGACCAACUAUAGCAAUAUCCUGGACUACGGGGCAGAGUUCAGCUCUGUUAUGCAGAAAUCUAAAUUCCACAGUGAGAGGGUCUCCAGCGACCUGUUCUGGCUGCGUAUUCUGUCUGUGAAUCAUGGUGACCGUGGCAGGUAUUACUGCCUGGUAGAGGAGUGGCUGUGGUCAGUAGACCGUGGCUGGUACAAACUUGGAAGGAAGGAAUCAGGAAAGACCAUGCUGGAGUUCAAGGUUUCAGAAAACAAGCUCCAUGUUGAAAAAACAAACCACAACAUCACAGCCACUGAGAACGAGGACGUGACCAUGAGCUGCCUCCUGCAGGGCCCUUCCCAACCAGACUCUCUCUUCUCUGCCAUCUGGUUCCAUGGUUUGGAGCACUCUGGGAUGAAAACCCUGGUGAAAGUGCACAUCAGCGGCAUGGUGGAAUAUGCUGAGGAGGAGAUGGUGGGGAGGCUGCACCUUCGCCGCCCAUCCGUCGGUGACUUCAGCCUGACGCUGCGGAGCAUGGAGCCGGGCGACGCAGGGCUGUACUACUGCCAGGUGCAGGAGUGGCAGCAGGACAGCGGUGGCACUUGGGUUCAAUGGGUGUCGGAAGUGUCGGGGUACACGAGGCUCACUGCACUGCCUCCAGAGUCGUCAAUUUCUUCCAGGGUCUGUUCGUCUCCAUCACUGCUCCACUUCAUCCUAUUCUACCCCCUGAUUCUGUUCCUUGGCCUGAUAACUGCUCUCUGCUUGUAUGUCAAGAACAUGCAGACCCACAAGGAAUCGAUCUAUCAAAGGAAAGGAAAAGAGCUGUGGGUGGAUUUGAAAGGGGCUGGAGAUGUUGAGCCCACUUUUUCUGACCAUAAUAAUCUGGAGGAAGAGAUGAAUCAUUUGAAGGAGGAAAAGAUGGACUGAAUGCUCGGGCGGCAUGCGGGGGGAAAGGGACUGUGUGCUGCUGUUCAGCAUCGUAUGCUCUGAACCUUGAAAAUUUGCAUUUUCCUUCAGUCACCUUAAUGUGGCAAGUAAGAAAGUGAUAGGAGACAGAUUGGCUGGCUAAGGUAAUUGGGACUGGAGCUUUCUUGCCUCUCUACUUGCAUAGGUGCCUAUGUGGCUCUCCUCCCAUAAUGGUAGUUUCUGUGGCCUUCAUAAUAUUAAUCAAUGUAUCCUUACAAAAGCCCUGUGAAAAAGGAAAGUACUAUGCCCAUUUUACAGAUGGAGCCUUGAGACACUGAGAGAUCAAGGCUGAGAUUUCAGAGGGACUUGGACAUCUAAUUCCUGUUAACUUUAAUGGGAAUAAGGCAUCUAAAUUCGAGAUGCGACUUUGAAAAUCUCAGCCUAAGGGACUUGACCAAGUUCCAACAGGAGGGCUGUAGUAGAGCUGCGACCUGAACUCACAUCUCCCAAGUCCUAGUCCAGUGCCUUAGCCACCAGACCAACUUUCAUCUUGAGUUGGCUGGCUCUGGUGCAGUGGUCAAUGGCUAGGGGCCAAAAGUCAUUACCAACUACUUAGGCUUGAAUGGUCUAUGAGAGAUGAGUUGGUGGGUCUUAAUCCGGUCCUCAGGGGAAAGGAGUCCUCACAUCAAUAAUCACAACUCCAGCUGGCACCAGUUGGCCUCCUUGUUGGCAAUCGUAUCUGACUGGGCCCCGGAGACUCCCCUCCCCUUUCUGAGAGCGGUUCCUUCAGGGCAGGAGGGAGGCAUAGUGGCAGAACUGCGUGUGUGUGUGUGUGUGUAGGGGGGAAAUCUAGAGUCGCGCCUAUUGCUGGGCCUCUGCAGUGCGUAAGCAGAGGCCUUCACUCUCCAACGCUGUUCAUCUAGUUUGCAUCUGAUGCAGUGAGCUGUAGCUCACAAAAGCUUCUGCUCAAGUAAAUUUUAGUCUCUCGGGUGCCACAAGUCCUCCUGUUCUUUUUGUCCAUCUAGUGUAUUUCACCAGCAUUAAAUUCACUCCAAAAACGUAAAUGUAAAAAUCCCCUCUAUUUCCCAUCCCAUCCCACCCACUGGAACACCUCUGUCCAAUACAUGCUACGAAUACCCCUCUUUCCACUAGCCGCUCAGUGCAAAAUGGCCUGAGUGCCCUGCCCCAUCUGCUAAUUAAAACUCCAGUUGUACCAGCUAUGGCCUGGAACAGAGCUGAUAGGCUCUAUAUUAGGUGAGGGCUGGCUGAGAUUGAAAAGAUGUCCAUGUGGAAAACACCAAGCACCUUGGAAAGGUGUCCAAGAAAAGGUCUUACUGUCCCAGCAAGGGAGUUAUAUGGAGCUGGGGAUCACAGAAACAAACAGCAGCUGCCAGGCUAGCUCUAUGUCACUCAUGUAAUCACUUUGAUGUGCCAGACCUUCUAUUUCCAUCCUUUUAUUGGUUGACUCUGGAGAAAGCUGCAUAUAACUCCCCAUGGCUAGCAGGAUGGCUGGGAUGAUGCAGCACCUUUCAGCAAUGACUUCGGCAAAAUUAAUCUCCAGUUCUUUAAAUGCAAUGCACAGUGUCCAGACUAGCGUGUAAGCUGCUUAGGGCAGGGGCUGAGCACAAAAUUAAUACAUAAGUGGGAAAUCGGGAGAUUCUGGAGCUGUCUGGCAGUGUUUUAACUGUGAUUCUGCUACCAUAUGGCUACUCCCACCAGGCUACACUGGUUAUCUGGACAGCAGCAUUCAGAGCCAGUCAGGCAUGCCUGAGAGCCCUGCAGCACAAGAAAGUGAGAGAUCCCAGAAAGAAAAGGAGGACUCGUGGCACCUUAGAGACUAACAAAUUUAUUUGAGCAUAAGCUUGAAGUAAGCUGUAGCUCAUGAAAGCUUAUGCUCAAAUAAAUUACGCUCUAAGGUGCCACAAGUACUCCUAUUCUUUUUGCGAAUACAGACUAACACGGUUGCUACUCUGAAAAGAGAUCCCAGAGGUUCUAACCUAAAUAUAGAGAAUGUCUGUCUGCUCUUUACUAUAAAUGGACAGAUGGACCCACAGAACUACAGUCUUGGAACACUACCAGCCUGUAUGUGAUCGCUGAUUUCUCAUUCUCCUGCAAUAUCACCUGUGCCCUGAUUUCCCGCAGUUAGUGUUAAUUCUUAUUAAAAGUGAACAAACAGGGUUUUAUUAUAUUUGCCUUACAAUUACAUUUUUCACACCAUACACUCAAAUCAGCAUUAAAACCAAAUAAGGACUCGCUGGCUCAGGGGACUGGUACUAAUGGAAUAUGGAGCCUUUUUUCUCUAGGUUGCUGGCUCCAAUCCAGAUCCAUUUGGUCUCGAUUGAAAGUCUCUGCCAUCUGAUUCAUGUUAUGAAAUGUGUUUGUGUGAGAGAGUGCUUUCAGCCCAAUCAUUAGUGGAGAAGUGCAUCCACUUCCCAAACCCCUCAUCACAAUUUGCAUUAACUUUGGUUGGCACUGGGCCAUGGUCCUAGUGGACUAGGCACAUUAGCAGGAGCUUGUACUGGGGGGUGGCUUGUCCUGCUGCUACAUGUGCUAAUCCCUAUGUUAUAGACAAACAGGUUCCAGUCUCCAGUUUCUGAAUGGAGAGACGUGAGGGCAUUAGAGGCCCAGUGACCGCUGGGCUUGUUGCAUUCUUACUGGUAUUUAAAUAGCAGAUCCUAACAUCCCAUUGGCACAGUAGCCUCCUGGAGAAUUCCACAGCCAGGCCAGGUGGGCUUCUUUGCUGUGGCCAAUGUUUGUUGAAAAUGUUUUGAAAUCUGCUAAAAUAAAAACUGAUUGCACCUGG